GUAUAUGCGCAAUCAAUAUCUGCUGCCUGUCAGCUGGAUUGGCCAAAGGACCGGCUUUUAAUUCAAGUCUUAGAUGAUUCAGAUGAUGAAAUUGUACAGCUACUGAUAAAAAAUGAAGUUUACUCAUGGAAAGAAAAAGGGGUGAACAUUAUAUACAGACAUCGGUUCAUCAGAACUGGCUAUAAAGCUGGCAAUCUUAAAUCUGCCAUGGCCUGUGACUAUGUCAAAGACUAUGAAUUCGUCGCAAUAUUGAUGCAGACUUCCAACCCAAUCCUGACUUCCUCAAACUGA